AUGCUGCCUAACAAAGUGGGCAAACAGCUGGGUCACCCCACGUAUUCUUUAACUGGAUGGUUGGUGACCAAGUUCUUUAAAUGGCACAAUCAGAUUUUGGAGGAGAAUGCGGUGAAACUGAGCAACAUACAACCCAAGGACACGGUGCUGGAGCUCGGCCACGGGCCGGGCUUCGGUCUGCAGGCGGCGGCGCAGCUCCUCACGGCUCCGGAGGGGAAACUGCUCGGUGUGGAUUACUCUCAAUACAUGCAUGAGAUGGCCAGUAAGCGCAUGAAGGAGCAGAUCUCCAGAGGAAAGGCUGUGCUGUAUUGCAGUGAUUUGGUGGCCAUGCCGAUAGAGGAAAACACGGUUGACAAGGUGUUUCACUGCAACUGCUAUUACUUCUGGCCGGAUCUGAAAGCAGGCGCGAGAGCGAUUCACAGAGUGAUGAAACCAGGUGAGAUCUCGAGAACUCGAGUGAUUCAAUAA